AUGCCACCCUCCACCCUCGAGUGUCUCCCGCGCGAGAUCAUUGAGAUAAUCUACCUCGACGCUUUGGAGGUAAACUUUGCGCGUGCGUCCAAUGUAAUUGCGGCGGCUGUAUCUCGAGAGGCCGUCUACGACAUUUUCAUGAUACAAGCACUUUGGAACGACCCGCAGGACUGCAUUCGGCAGCGGUAUUCCGACCGAGAAUUUCUCUACGUGGACGAACUGCAACGAAAAGUCAUGUCUUGCCGCUGGUUUAACAUUCAUCGGUUUGAACGGGUGUUACCGGUGCUGCUGGCACUGACACUAGAUGCAAUCGCGCUGCAGGAAAAGACCCGAUUUCCGUCAAAAGAGAUACAACAGAGGCAAUGGAGUGCAGCUUCUACGAUGGACACUUUGCAGUCACUUCGAUUGCAUACGAACGAUGGAUAUCCGAAACGGCUUCGCAUCAUCGAUCACUUUGCCAUUCAAGCUGAAUACUUCAACCCGAAUCACGGGCCGCGUCACAUUAUUCGUCCAGUACGUGUUUUCUGGUUUCCGAACAAGGCAUUGCACGGUCCAUGGACCGAUGAUAAAGUCAAGCUCCUAGUCGCCCUGCGCCGUGCGUUUGGAAAACGGUUUACACGGCUUGACCUUCGUGCACCUGCCCUGAGACAGCGGCAUCUUGCUCCAGUCAUCUCCGACAUUGCUUGCUUGCAAGGCAUCGAAGCGGCAAUCAGACAAAACUGCCGUGUAGCCCUUCUCUACCUACUGGAUAUUAGGGAAAGCUUUCCUCCAGUGACCACGAAUAUAUUGCACCAGAAACAGUUCCCAGAUCAACUAUUGAUGAUGGCCGUCCAGACACAUGCCCCUGACUUUGAUAUUAUUGAACUCCUCGUUCGAGCCAGUCUGACAUCCGCUCGAAGCUGCAAUUUGGUCAAGUGGUCUAUUGCUAGUAGUCUUCGUGGCAGCGUCACAGAAAAUUGGUUAUUGAGUUCUCUCCAGCAAUACAGUGCUCGCGGCAAUUGCAACACCUUCUGGAAAGCGCUCUGGUCAACUCCAGCUGCAGAGGAAUCGCUCUUGGAGCAAGAGCCAUGGCUAUAA